CAUGAAUUGACUUACGUUUCCCGAUCAGUCCCUGAAUUAUACUGUCUAUUUAUUAUUAUCUCUUGUUAACUCCCUUAUCGUUAUGAUAGUGUUUACAUUCUUAACGCGGUAGAACCUCCGUGUGCACCGUGUAACUAUUAUUGUUGUUCGAAGUUGUUCAGUUGGUGCGUGGGUUUUUUUUAAGGAAGGGGAAAAUAAUAUGAAUGUUUUCAUAUUUUUCGCUCUUUUUACAGUAUGUUCGGCUUCUAACAUUUUGCUUAUGUUCCCGAUGUCGGCCAAGAGUCAUGUAAAUUCCUUCGUUCCGCUCUUCAAGAAGUUGUCAGAAAAAGGUCACAACAUCACCAUGGUGACAUCUUUUGAACCCAAGGUCCAGAUACCCAACUGCACGUAUAUAAUUGUGAAAAAUAUCAUGGAGGAUUAUCUUACUGAUAGUCACGUACAGGAAGACGUUCAAAUUUUCCGGGAAUUGAAACCAUUUUCCAUCUGGCCCCUCAUAUGGAACAUCCACUUGGAAAUAAUUGAAAAAUUAUUGGAAGGUGACUGCUUGCGAGAGCUCAUGUCGGGGGAUUAUUCUUUUGAUGUGAUGAUAUCGGAAACACUUUACCUGUUUGAAAUAUUCGUAGCCUUUGGGCAUAUAUUCCAGGUACCGGUGAUAAGCAUCGAUGCCCACCCGAUGUCUGCUUGGUCGGCUUACCUUACUGGGAAUGUCCAUCCAUAUUCUUAUGUUCCCAAUUACAGGUUACCAAUCACUGAUGAAAUGUCGCUUAUGGAACGGGUAGAAAAUACACUGCUGAACCUCGAAGAAAUGUUGGGUUCAUAUUUUUACUACAUGCCGAGGCAGGAAGAAUUAAUGAGGAAAUAUUUAAAUUAUGAAAAAUACAAUUUUCCUCCAUUAUUGGAUAUGCUGCAAAAUAUUUCCCUAACGUUAGUGGAUUCCCAUUUUUCGUUGGGAUACGUUCGACCAUAUCUUCCGCAUACAGUUGAGGUCGCAGGAUUAACAUUUAGUGAAGGUGGUGAGCUGAAUGAGGAGUUCCAAGAAUAUUUAGACGGAUCAGAAAAUGGUUUCAUUUAUUUCACAUUUGGGAGUAUUAUAAAUAUUACAUCAUUACCGACAGAAAUGCUCGACGUUUUUAGAUCAACAUUCGCAAAGUUGAAAUAUAAUGUUGUAAUGAAGUGGGAAGCUGAUGAGUUUCCAAACAAGCCUAAAAAUAUCAAGACAAUGCCAUGGCUACCCCAGAAUAGAAUUUUAGCUCAUCCAAAAUGCCGCCUUUUCAUAACACACGGUGGUUUCCAUGGAAUGAUAGAGGCGAUAUACCACAAAGUACCUCUUGUUGUUAUACCCUUCCUCUCAGAUCAAUAUUACAAUGCUAUAUUUGCUAAAAAAGAAGGAUUUGCCUAUGUUUUAAAUAACCUAAAUCUGACAACCGAGAAUCUACUGCAUGCUAUUAACACCGUCAUGGACAACCCUGAAUACAAGAAGCAUGUGGAUAGGAGGUCGAUGAUUUUGAAGGAUAAGGAUCAGAAUUCUAUUGACAAGGCAGUCUACUGGGUGGAGUACGUCUUAAGACACAAUGGCGCCAAGCAUCUGAGACCGGCCUGUUUAAAUUUGAAUUUGUUCCAAUACUUUUUAUUGGAUGUGAUAUUUGUGAUAAUUUCGGCCGUUGUGGGAUGUAUCUGCUUGUUUGUUUUUAUCACAUAUGUAUUCGUACAAAUUUUAAAAUAUUUUUAUGAAAAAAUUUAUAUAUUAUAUUGGAAAGGAAAAAAAAAUGAAAAUACACGAUCGCAACGCAGGGUGCGAAAACCAAAAAAGAAAUCUCCCAGAAAUAACACGAAUAAUUAAAAAGUAAAUCAGAUAUUAUAUAUAAAUUUAGCCUUAGAAUUAAGUACUUUUUGUUUUAUAGGAUUAUAAUAUAUAUAAACCUUAUAUAUGCCUAUAUAAUUUAUAUACCUGCAUAUGCUAUAACUGUAAAUAUGUAUAUAGUAAAAAGAUAGUUUCAAGUA